AUGUCCCUGAGGAGCCACCUCUCGCGUCUCCUCCGGACGCAAGUGCACUCCGUCCGGAAGAAGUCUGUCCACUCCGUGGCUGUCAUUGGAGCCCCAUUCUCCCAGGGACAGAAAAGAAAAGGAGUGGAAUAUGGUCCUGCUGCUGUAAGAGAAGCUGGCUUGAUGAAAAGGCUCUCGGAUCUGGGCUGCCACCUUAAAGACUUCGGAGAUUUGAAUUUUACUCCAGUUCCCAAAGAUGACCUCUAUAACAACUUGAUAGUAAAUCCUCGCUCGGUGGGCCUGGCCAACCAGGAGCUGGCGGAGGUGGUGAGCCGAGCUGUGGCGGGUGGCUACAGCUGCGUCACAGUGGGAGGCGACCACAGCCUGGCAAUUGGUACCAUCAGUGGCCAUGCCCGACACUGCCCAGACCUUGGUGUGAUCUGGGUUGAUGCCCAUGCUGACAUCAAUACACCCCUCACCACUUCAUCUGGAAAUCUACACGGACAGCCAGUUUCAUUUCUCCUCAGAGAACUACAGGACAAGGUUCCACAGCUCCCAGGAUUUUCCUGGAUCAAACCUUGUAUCUCUUCCCCAAGUAUUGUAUAUAUUGGACUAAGAGACGUGGACCCUCCUGAACAUUUUAUUUUAAAGAAUUAUGAUAUCCAGUAUUUUUCUAUGAGAGACAUAGAUCGACUUGGUAUCCAGAAGGUCAUGGAACAGACAUUUGAUCUGCUGAUUGGCAAAAGACAAAGGCCAAUCCAUCUGAGUUUCGAUAUUGAUGCAUUUGACCCUACACUGGCUCCAGCCACAGGAACCCCUGUUGUAGGGGGACUGACCUAUCGAGAAGGCAUGUAUAUUACUGAGGAAAUACACAGUACAGGGUUGCUCUCGGCCCUGGACCUCGUUGAAGUCAAUCCUAGGUUGGCCGUGUCAGAGGAGGAGGCCAAGGCUACAGCCAGCCUGGCAGUGGACGUCAUUGCUUCGAGUUUCGGGCAGACGAGGGAGGGAGGGCAUGUUGUCUACGACCAACUUCCUACUCCCAGCUCACCAGAUGAAUCAGAGAGUGAAGAACGUGUAAGAAUUUAG